AUGCCAGGAUCCUGCACUGCCUGCACGGGCGAAGUUGCCAUACCGCCAGUUGGAACUAGAGUCGCUUACACAUUGGUGAUGGACAACAAGACGGGCAGACCGAGAGCAGAAAGCGUCCGUCCCGAGGGCACGGGGAUGGCGACCCCCGCUCCAAACGCGGGUCUGGGCCUAGACUACGCUGGAACGAUCCAGCAGCGUGGAGAGAAGUACGGCUUCAUUCUGCAAGAUGACGGCCAGAAAAUGUUCGUGAUGCCCAUCUCUUGUGCAUCAUUCGGGUCUGUCAUACCGCCAGAAGGCACACGAGUCAGCUACCGCGUGGUCCUGGACAGCAAGACCGGCCGACCCAGAGCUGAAGACGUUUGCCCAGAGGGGACGGCAAUUGCUCGCAAAGACGUCCCAGGAGAAAAGGGUGCCAACGGCUGGAACAUGGGCAAAGGAGGCAACUCGAAGGGUUUCGCCGCGAGAUAUGCACCGUACUAG